CACUGUCGGAGUAGGGUGUGUUAAUUGGUCCAUGAAACCUGUGAUAAAAAAGAAAAAUUGCCGAAAGUAGUUGUGUCCAGAGAAAUAGAUUAUUGACACGAAGAAACUAAAGUUUCGAACCCGCAUUUCCUAUAUCGUUUUCGUGUGCAACAAAGUACUUCGCUCAAGUGUAUAUGUACUUUCUUUUAAACGUAGUGAAAAAGCAAGCUCCGUAAUUUGUGUCGCCACUCUUUUGCAGAACGUCGCUCCAUUCUAUUUGUAAACCUUUCUUGGAACUAAGAUACUUUCCAACUACAAAGAUUGAACUCGCGCGCCACUUCCUCUCACUCAACUUCAGAUUCUCUCCUCGUUUUACUCGCUUGCACCCAGAAAAAUAUUCUUUCACCAUGCCGCGUCUAAACCAGUCCAGGAUGGGCCCCAGCAUCGUCAUGAUGCCUUUUGUGUUGAUCUUAUUGGGGUGGGAUCACUCGGUGGUUCUUGCGGCAAAGCCCUUCCAAAGGAUCAGACAACAGGCGGCUGCUGCGGCCAGGGUGUCCUCGUCUUCCGCUUACGCUAAUGCCCCGCCGACGGCGCCGGCAAUGGUGAUGAAUCAGCGGAGACCGGCACCAGGUAAUUAUUAGCAGAAGCGGCACUUCUCUGGCUUCCCCGCCGCGGCGGAUACUGCACAUCAUGCACAGCUAACGCCAUUUGCCAGCUCCGAUGAAAUUAAGACGUUGCCUGGCAAGCGCGGCGGUCAGAGCAUGAAGACGACCUGCUUCAAACUGGACGGCGAGGACGCCAGCAAGUGGCUGGCGGAUUUCGCGACUAAACAAAUUUGGAACGUGCACCUUUACCAUGCCAAACAUGGAGUGCGUGCGGGCUCUGUCUUCCCGACGGCGGUCGAAAACCCCGACUCAAAUGAGAAACUGCCAACGGUGCCGAAAGUCCCGAAUCUACUCUGGAAGAUGGGGCAAGAUGCUCCACCCGACCAGAGCAGCCAGCAGCAGGUGAUGGUGGAUUAUUUGUGGGAGUUUUCGCCCUGGCCCUUGAUGAACUCUUUGGAGCAGGAUGCGUCUGCCGAGGAUCUGGAGGCGUUGAAGAAGGACUUGAAGCAAAAGAGGAAGGAAAAUUGGACGAGCGUGGGGUCCCAGAAGGACUACACGAACCUGUCUGAGGCGUGGCAGAUCAUGCUUGAUGGGACGCUGCUUGACGAGUUCGGCGGCGCGGAACCCUACAAAAAUCUCGGGCUCCCGGAAGAGUACAUUUACGAUCCCCACUUCAUGAACGUGGCGGGGAAGGUGCAUUGGGCCGUGCUGCGCACGAUCGGGGGGCAAUUCUGGGAGGAUAAUCCGGUUGGCAUCAUGGUGGCGAAGGCAGUCAAGAAGUGCGGCGAGACGGAAAAGUGGCUGGAGGAGAACUAG